UGCUGAUCAGCGGGAGUGUAGUGAUGGGCGUCAUCUGUAUUGGAAUUGCCCUCUUCCAGACCUUUUCCAUCCAGAUGGGUCAAAACGUGGACAAGAACAAAUUUAACGUGCCCACCAUUGUAGUGGAGGAUGCCCAGGGCAAGAGGCGUUCAUCCAUCGACGGCUCAGAGCCCAUUAAGACGUCGCUGCAGAUCACCUAUCUGAUCAGUGGAAUAGUCUUCAUAUACGACUUUCUAACUGGAUUCCCCAUAUUGGUGGUGAGCUUUGCCAGCCUGAAAUUUGACCGCUCCUACAGCUGGAUGGUCCUGUGUGUUCUCUGGUGCUCCAUAGCUCAAUCAAUCCUGCUCCCCAUGUUCCUGUGGGCUUGCGACCGCUACAGAGCAGACGUCAAGAUGGUCUGGGAGAAAUGUGUGGCCAUCAUGUCCAAUGAUGAAGUGGACGAAGACGGUUUGCCUUGUGUAACACAACUCAGUUUUCUCAGAACAAUGUGGAAUGUGCCCCCUACAAGAAGAUACUCCCACGACGAAACCGACAUGUGGACCACCGGUCAGAUCCCGUCUUACCUGCAUCGCUGGGGCUCCACAGAGGACAUCAUUGGCAUCCCGCAAUACAGCUCGCCACGCCACGAGAGACGUCGCAGCAGCCCGGCAUCCUAUCACGAGGAGAGCCACCCACACCGCAAAAGGAGGCGAUCCGAGGACAUGCAUUCGCUCAAGCAGAUUCCACGAGUCGAGCGUUAUGAGGGCGAUUUCAAGUGCUUUAGCCGCGACGAAGUGAUUAACUUCAUUGAUGAGACGCCACUGGCUAGUCCAAUGAGAAGCCCACGGCGAGCCUCUGCGAUCUCUCUGGUUCCAGAGACCUUCGAGCAGCACGUUGUUUUGUUGCCGCAUUUCCCGCUCACGCACUUUGAGCGCGAGCCUCAAGCGUUGAGACGCUGCUCUGAGCACGGCAAAGGAGCCACGCCAGGCGAGAUCCCUCAGGAUCUGCAGAGAAAGGCGAAGGACGGGAACGACUGCAGGAGCGGCGGUGGCAAAGGCUCGGGCAUCAAGCGAUGCCCUGAGCACAGGCAUGAUGCCAAGCGUGCAUCCGAGCCUGUUCCUUUGGGACAGGGUGCACGGACAGGGGAUCAGUCGUAUUCAAGUAUUAGGACAGGACAGCUAGAUGCACCUGCUUGGGUGGACCAGAAGCACCUGCCUAAAGGGGAAAGCAAAGGAAGCACAAAUAGAUUUAUAAACUCACAAUCUGCAUCGUCAGGCUAUAUGACAUCCAUAGGAUCCACGAACUAAGCAACAGUUUUAUGAGUAUUUUCAAGGAGUACCUGAUAUGCUUAUUAGUGUUAAAGCUUUGACUAAGUGGGAUGUUUUUGUUAACUAGGAACUGGGAUUUUUGAGAUGUGAUGGAUUCGAAAUGGCAUAAGGACAUCAUCAGUGUUUUUUUUUUAUGUGUUGCUGAUACAGGGCUGGAUGAUGGGGUCAGUGGGCCUCCAAGGCAAGGGAAGCUGAGCAGCAGAUAAGUGUCCUAAGCUCAGCACUUACAGUUGGAAAUGAG